GCGAGGGCGGCGCGGGCGGCGCCGCCCGGUCCCGCAGCGGCGGCGAGCGCCGCGGCGCGCGGCGAUCCGGCGGGGGCGCGGGGCGUGCCCGCGCGCUCUUCCUGAUGGGGCUGCCGGGCGCGGGGAAGAGCACGGUCAAGCGGCAGCGGACGCACAGCAGGGACCUGGACAUCGAGGCGGAUCGGUGGAAGGCCAAGCACCCGAAGUGGUCCCGCGACAUGGGGGAGGAGACCGACGAGGAAGUCCACCGUUGGAGCGUGCGGCGCGCCGCAGACGCCUUCGAGGAUGCGAUCAAGUCGCGCGAGAAGCCCAGCUUCGUGUUCGACUCCAGCGGCUCCAACGCUCAUUGGCUCGGGCGGCGGAUCAUCGCGGCGCGGAAAGCAGGCUAUUUCACCGAACUGCUCUGGGUUGACGUGCCCGUGGAGAUCGCUCUGCUCCGCAACCGCGACCGGGCCGCCGACCGCGGCAGGUGGUGCCCUGAGAAGGUCAUCAUGGACAAGGCCGCCGUGAUGCCCCAGAGCUUCGAGGAGCUUCGCCAGGAGGUCGAUUCCGCAGAGAGGCUCAAGAAUUGGUCCGAGCAGGAUGACGAGCUGGAGCGGGCGAAGCGGGACCUCUACAUGUACCCGGCGCCCCGGUCGCGGCCCAUCCUUGUGCGACCCGGCGACGAGGGCUACGCAGAGAUGCCGCCGGGCGCGCGGUCCCCGUCGCCCUCGAGGAACUCAACCCGCACCAUCCUGAUCGGGCCCUGGAAGCGCUGCGACGAGGUGGCAAGAAGAAAGAAUGCCAGGCUCUCGUGGAUGGAUCGCGUGUACCGUGGCGACAGGGAACGCUUCGUGAACGAGGAGGUGUUGGACGGGCGUGACGUGCUGAUCGAGCCGAACGCCUACCCCUAUUUCCUGCCGCCAGACAUCGAACACUGGACGAUCUGGUCCAGGCGGUCGAUGGAGCAUCAGGAGCUGUGCGACUACGUUCAGGGGUGGCUUGAUGCCAGGAAGCCGCACAACAUUAUCGCCUGGAACUACGACGACAAUCGUGGGCGUCGAACGAUUGAUAUCUGGCACGUGCACAUCUACUUCCAGGGUGCAGGUGGGCAGGCCCCCAAGAUCGGCGGCGGCGCACGUGCACGUGGCCCCAGGGGCGGCGGUGCCGCGCCGGGACAGCGGUGGUCCUGCCAGAGAUCUCCUUGCAGUGUCUGA